AUGUCCGCUUCUCAGUCUAGUGUCGGUAGCCGCGCCAUCUAUGAGGCCGGUGACCAGCGCAACCCCCCUCAGUCUGAGAUCAGAGAAGCCGAGCGCUACAAGGAGGGUCAGCACGGCUCACACAAGAACCUUGACUCCAAGGAUCAGCGCUCUAUUGGCAACAAGCUCGCCGCUCAGUCCAACAAGAACGAUCCUUCCCACCACCACAACAAUGAGUUCAACCCCGAGGCCGAGAUGAGCAAGCAAGAUCCUACCAAGCCUGCUAUCAUGCAUGGUAACAAGCCCUCAAAGGGCGCUCAGAUUGAUGCCGAUUUGCAGGCUGAGGAUGAGCAGCGCCUGCGUGAGAAGGGUAUCAAGAAAUGA